AUGACUACUUCUGAACUGUUGGAAAAAGAGUACGCGUCCACCUGGCAAUGGCGCAUCGACACGGAUCCCGAGUUGGCAGCUGCCAUGGGAAUGCUAAACCGGAGAAGAUCAACCCAUGCCAUUGAUCCCCGAUCCCUCUCCAGCUAUCAACAACGUCUCGAUUGGGUCAAGCGAGCUCUGUUGAGAGUCGAAUCGAUCUCUACAGAGGGCCUUACCAAAUCUGAGCUCUUGACACGAAGGCUGUACAUUGAGCAACUAUCAGACUAUGCCAAGUACUCUGAAAAACACGAGGCCUAUUUGUGUUGCAUUAAUCGGCUGGAAGGACCGCAAACAGAUCUACCUCUAUAUGCUCAGUAUCUUCCCAUUAAGACGCAGACACAGAGAGAGUUCUACAUGUCAUUUUUAUCGGCCAUUCCUCAACAAUUAGGUGAAAUUCAAGAACUUUUGAAAUACGGGUUGGAGAAGAAACGCACGCCUCCCCAGAUCAGUCUUGGUGGAGUUGUGGAGCAAAUUCGGUCGAUGACUACGGCUGGAUUGCAACCUUUCAAGCAGCCACUAAUGGUGAAGGAUGACAAAGGGAAUGAUUUGUUUGAACCCGACAUGAAGAAAUCAUGUUUAGAGUUGAUUGAUGGUGGAGCCACUGAUGCUUUCACAUCCUUGGCUGAUUUUCUGGAAGGAGAAUACAUUCCAAAUCUGCGGACAGAGAUCAGCGCUGCCAAGGGUUAUCCCGACGGGGAGCAAUACUACAUAGACUGUCUGAACUUCCACACAACCACUGGCAUGACACCCCAAGAAGUCCAUGACCUGGGUUUGCAAGAAGUAGCUAGAGUUCGCUCUGGAAUGGAAACGGUCAAGAAGGAGGACGGCUUUGAAAAUCUCCAACUAGAAGAAUACUUAACGUAUCUACGAACGUCACCUAUUUUCGAACCUGCAUCAGCCGAAAGCUUGUUGGCAAGCUACCGAGAUAUUGUGGGUCAGCUGUAUCCCAAGCUGCUACGACUCUUCCAUCUGGAUACAUUGCCUCGACAGCCUCUUGAUGUUACAGAGUCACCUGCUGCUUCUGCACACAUGGCCCCAGCGGCAUACUAUCUGGCUGGCUCCACCGAUUCGAAGGCUCCUCGGCCAGGUGUAUUCUAUGUCAAUACAUCCGAGUUAUCCACUCGUCGGACGUAUGAAAGCCAAGCCCUUACUUUGCACGAGGGAAUCCCAGGACAUCAUUUGCAAGGUGCUAUCCAGGGUGAGUCCACGGGUAUGCCAGAGUUUCUACGCUUUGUAGAGGACAGGCAGUACUUUUCUGCCCCAGCUCGCUUUCCUUUUUACACGGGAUACAUUGAAGGUUGGGGACUUCAUUCUGAGACCCUAGGGCACGAACUUGGACUGUACAAGAAACCAACCGAUAAAUUUGGACAGUUAUCCAUGGAAGCUAUUCGAUCAUGUCGUUUGGUUGUAGACACAGGGAUGCAUGCACUAGGAUGGAGCCAAGAACAAGCAGUCCAAUACAUGCUCCAAAAUACCGCAAUGGGAGAGCAUGAUGCACGUACUGAAGUUGCCCGCUAUGUGACUUGGCCUGGACAGGCAACAGCCUAUAAAGUUGGGGAACGAUUCAUUCGAAGAAUGCGAACUAUGGCCGAAACUGAGUUGCUGGACGCCUUUGAUCCAAGAGAUUUUUACGAUGUUGUCCUAAAGUGCGGAGCUGUUCCACUGUUUGUGCUGGAAGAUUUGGUGAAGGAAUAUAUCCUCGAAACCUCAAAGACUGGCAACGUACGGGAGACGACGAGUCCUGCUGGAUCAACCGAGAAGCAAACAGUAGAUGACUUUGCUGCGACUAUGACCUUUGCCAACUGGUGCAAGUGUUGCAUCGUGCCGGGAUCUUGCCAGCCCUAG